CACUCGGGAUUACAAUUACGCUUCUGCAUAAUGGGUCUCGUACGGCCGCUGGGUCCUUUCUUAUUAUUGUUCAAAGCCUUACACUGACCAGAAUAAAAAGGGAUGCUCACUGAUCGCUGAACAAAAUUCAGCCAGAGAGUUUACUGAAAAGUGAAGCUCUGGAAAGAAGCCAGGUUCUACUCGGCAACAGUACCGCCUUCACUGCCGGGCGCGGGCCGCACCGCACGCACAGUAUUUCGAAUGCCGAUGCCAGUUUUACUGCCAACACGCCAGUAUUGACAGGGCCUGAGGCGUAGUGUUGAUAGAUCUCAGAAGAUAUUUUGAUCUGAUAAUCAGAAAUCCGUCUGGAGAGGAUUGACCUAAACCUGAUAAAUGGACAUGACGAAUCCCCUUGUGGUUGUGCUGCUGGGUUUACUGAUGUACGGGUGUCACGCACAAGACCAUCCCUGUGAUGAUGGCAGCAAUCCCUGCAUGAAUGGAGGCUUUUGUUUCUCACUCGACGGCGUCGCGCCAAUGUGUGGAUGCGUUGGGGACUACGUCGGAAAUGAUUGCAGUUAUGUUAACCCCUGUUCAGACAGAAUCAACCCUUGCUUAAACGGUGCCCUGUGUUCGCCUUCCAUGGUCGACCUCGUUGCAGUGUGCACUUGCACGGCAGACUUCAUUGGAAUUCACUGUGAAACAGAAAACCCUUGUAAAGCAGGAGCCAAUCCAUGCUUGAAUGGAGCGACGUGUUCCGUGUCGAACACAGAAGCAGUCUGCGAGUGUGCUGAUGGUUUUGUUGGUGCUUUCUGUGAGAAUGUUGCCCAGUGCCCAGACAGCAACAACACUUGUGCAAAUGGUGCAACUUGUAUCCUGGUGGAUUCAACAGCCGUAUGCCUAUGCCCUAGAGGCUUCGUGGGGGACAACUGCCAAAGAGCUCAUCCCUGUGCUGAGGUAAUGAAUCCCUGCUUGAAUGACGGCAAUUGUUACUCCACCGACGACGUGACAGUGCUGUGUUCCUGCGUGAUGGGUUUCACUGGAGCGCACUGUGAAUUGGCCCCACUUUGUCAUGCCAGCAUCAACCCAUGCAUGAAUGGAGCAACAUGCUUGGAAGAGGAUUCAGCAGCAAUCUGCAUCUGUGCUGAAGGCUUCAUUGGAGAUUACUGCGAAAGAGUUCAUCCAUGUGCACUGGGAUUCAUAGCGUGCAUGAAUGGUGGGUCAUGUUUUGUCGCUGACGACGGUUUGGAGGCUCGAUGUACGUGUGUGAAUGGCUAUACGGGAACACUCUGCCAAGAAGUACCACCUUGCCAUGACACCAUCAACCCCUGUACCAACGGAGCCAUGUGCGUAGAGGAGGAGUCAGCAGCAGUCUGCAUCUGUGCGGAAGGCUUCAUCGGACAUAACUGCAAUACAGUCCACCCCUGUGAGUUGGAGGAGAACCAGUGUUUGAAUGGCGGAAAUUGCUUUUCCACCAACAAUGUCACAGCAAAGUGUGUGUGCAUGGACGGAUUUACUGGCCUGCGUUGUGAAAUUGCACCCCCAUGCCAUGACACCGUCAACCCAUGUCUAAACGGAGCGAUGUGCUUGGAAGAAGAUUUGGCAGCCGUCUGCAUCUGUGCGGAAGGCUUCGUAGGAGAUAACUGCGAAAGAGUUCACCCCUGUACUGCGUCAGUGAAUCCAUGUAGGAACUUUGCUGAAUGUUUCUCGCCCGACGGUAUCACAACAAAAUGUGUUUGUGCUUACGGCUUAACGGGAGAUUACUGCCAAAUUGUACCACCAUGCUACCCCUCCAUCAACCCAUGUCUGAACGGAGCGACGUGCUUGGAAGAGGAUUCAGCCACAGUCUGCAUCUGUGCUGAAGGCUUCGUUGGAGAUUACUGUGAUACAGUUGAUCCUUGUUCAGCUGAGCUCAAUCCCUGCCUGAACGGUGGGUCCUGCUACUCGCCUGAUGAAAUCACAGCCAAGUGUGCAUGCCCCAGCGGGAUCUCGGGAACAAUUUGUGAAAUAGUACCACCUUGCCAUGAGAGCAUCAACCCAUGUGUAAAUAAGUCCCUCUGCAUAGAGAUGAAUUCAACGGCUGUCUGCGUGUGUGCCCAAGACUCCAGUGGGAGUGACUGCCAAGAAGCUCAACCCUGUCAAUUCUUGCUGCUGCAAGAUGUCACUUCAAAGUGUGUGUGUACGAACAGCACCAGUGCCACAACGUGUAAAAAAGUUCCCCCAUGUCAUGACAGCAUCAACCCAUGCAUGAAUGGUGCAACAUGUGCAGAAGAGGAUUCAGCAGCAGUCUGUAUCUGUGCUGAAGGCUUCAUUGGAGAUUACUGCGAAAGAGUUCACCCAUGCGCUCCUACAGCGGACUCUUGCUUGAACGGUGGGAAAUGCUUCUCCAAAGAUGGUGCCACAGCCAGAUGCUCAUGUUUGAAGGGUAUUUCUGGACAGUUUUGUGAAAUAGCAUCGCCAUGCCAUGUCAGUAUCAACCCAUGUCUGAAUGGAGCCAUGUGCGUAGAACAGGAUUCAGCAGCAGUUUGCAUCUGUGCUGAAGGCUUCACAGGAGUUAACUGUGAGAGAGUUCACCCAUGUGCUGCUGGGGUCGAUCCGUGUUUGAACAAUGGCAUCUGCAUCUCCACUGAUCAACUCACUGCAAAAUGCAUGUGCAUCAACGACUUCACCGGGCUCAAUUGUGAAACAGUUCCCCCCUGCCAUGACAGCGUCAACCCAUGUCUGAACGGUGCUACCUGCAUUGAAGAUAAUGUAGAAGUGUUCUGCGUCUGCACAGAGGGUUUUGCUGGCAAUAACUGUGAGAGAGUUCAUCCAUGUGCUGCUGGUGCUAACCCUUGCAUGAAUGACGGUGAAUGCUACUCCACUGACGAUGUGACGGCCAAAUGCGCUUGCCCGGAUGGCCUGAUGGGAAUGCGCUGUGAAAGAGCCACUCCGUGCUAUCAUAGCAUCAACCCAUGUAGGAAUGGAGCGACCUGCGUAGAAGAGAACUCAUCAGCAGUCUGCUUCUGCGCUGAAGGCUUCGUCGGAAAUCACUGCCAAAGACCUCAUCCCUGUGCAGCCGGGGUCAAUCCAUGUGUGAAUGGUGGCACUUGCUUCUCCAUUGACGAUCUGACGGCAAAGUGUGCGUGCAUGGAUGCCUUCAUCGGAACGCAUUGUGAAUAUGUUGCCCCAUGCAGUGUUUUCGUCAAUAUCUGCGCUAAUGGUGCUACCUGUGUACCAGAUGUCCCCACACCCAGAUGUAUCUGUGCAGAUGGAUACGUCGGAGAUAUCUGCGACAGAGUUCACCCUUGUUUGGCAGAAGUUAAUCCUUGCUUGAAUGGGGCCAGCUGUUUCUCCAUGGACGAUAUCACUGCAGUGUGCUCAUGUGUCGACGGUUACACUGGUGAACAUUGUGAAAUGGUUCCCCCAUGCCAUGAGAGUGUCAACCCCUGUGUCAACGGAGCGCUGUGUGUUGAGCGGGAUUCAGCAGCAGUGUGCAUCUGUGCGGAAGGCUUCGUUGGAGAUAACUGUGAAACAGUUCAUCCUUGUGCUGAUGGGGUCAAUCCAUGCACAAACGGCAGUAACUGCUUCUCUGUGGAUGGCGUCACGGCGAUAUGUGCAUGCGUCAACAGUUCAACCAGACAAGAAUGUGAAAAUGUGGCCCCCUGUCAUGAAAGCAUCAACCCAUGUCGGAACGGAGCGACGUGUCUCCAGCACAACUCCAAAGUUGCUGCCUGUCUGUGCCCAGAGGAAUACAUCGGGGCUUACUGCGAAAGAGUUAAUCCUUGUGCUGAAGGCGUCAAUCCGUGUCUGAACAGUGGAAACUGUCUCCCCAACAUCCAAGCAGCAUGUGUGUGUGUGGACGGCUUCAUGGGAGUUCAUUGUGAAAUCGCACCACCAUGUCACCCUAGUGUGGACCCAUGCCUCAAUGGAGCUACGUGUACCGUGGUGGAUUCAGCAGCAGUAUGCCAUUGCGCUGACGGUUUCGUUGGUGCCAACUGCGAGAAUGUAACGCCUUGUCAUGCUAGCGUCAACCCAUGUCUGAAUGGAGCUACGUGCACAGAGAUCAACUCAACAGCUGUCUGUCAGUGUGCUUUUGGUUUUCACGGUGCAAACUGUCAAGAUGUGUCAACGUGUGAUGAAAGCAGGGAUCCGUGCAUGAAUGGAGCAACAUGUCUAGUGAUGGACUCCCGGAUCGUUUGUCAAUGUGCUGAGGGGUUUAUUGGCAUCAACUGCGCACGGGUAAACCCUUGUGCUGAGGGCGUCAAUCCGUGUCUGAACGGUGGUAACUGCUUUCCAAACAUCCAAGCAGUCUGUGCGUGUGUGAACGGCUUCACUGGAACUUACUGCGAAAUAGCACCUUCGUGUCAUGCCAGCAUCAACCCAUGUCUGAACGGGGCAAGUUGUGUCGACGUUGACGGGACGGCAGUCUGCAUGUGCACCGAUGAUUAUGAGGGCGUACACUGCGAGAAUAGAACACCACCAUGUCACCCUAGUGUGGACCCAUGCCUCAAUGGAGCUACGUGUACAGUGGUGGAUUCAGCAGCAGUAUGCCAUUGCGCUGACGGUUUCGUUGGUGCCAACUGCGAGAAUGUAUCGCUUUGUCAUGCUAGCAUCAACCCAUGUCUGAAUGGAGCUACAUGCACGGAGAUCAACUCAACAGCUGUCUGUCAGUGUGCUUUUGGUUUUCACGGUGCAAACUGUCAAGAUGUGUCAGCGUGUGAUGAAAGCAGGGAUCCGUGCAUGAAUGGAGCAACAUGUCUAGUGAUGGACUCCCGGAUCGUUUGUCAAUGUGCUGAGGGGUUUAUUGGCAUCAACUGCUCACGGGUAAACCCUUGUGCUGAGGGCGUCAAUCCGUGUCUGAACGGUGGUAACUGCUUUCCAAACAUCCAAGCAGUCUGUGCGUGUGUGAACGGCUUCACUGGAACUUACUGCGAAAUAGCACCUUCGUGUCAUGCCAGCGUCAACCCAUGUCUGAACGGAGCAAGUUGUACCGACGUUGACGGGACGGCAGUCUGCAUGUGCACCGAUGAUUAUGAGGGCGUACACUGCGAGAAUAGAAUGGACCCAUGUCAUGAGAGCAUCGACCCCUGCCAGAAUGGAGCACUGUGCACAGUGGUCAACUCACAAGCCGUCUGCAACUGCAGCUCACUGUUUUCUGGCCCUACCUGUGGCAACGCUGUUUUGAGUCUUGACGUUUCCUCCUGUUCUGGAAGCAUCAACCCAUGCCUAAAUGGAGGGACUUGCGUCGAGAUGGAGUCAGGAGUCAUCUGUGUGUGCCCCGGAGGGUUUAGCGGUCUGAACUGUAAUCUAGCUGACCCGCAAGAGCUUGUUUUGGAAGAGCCUGUGGCAGUUGACAGUCACAGACGAGGUGUGUCUUCUGGCCAGGAAGAUUCUGACGAUAGUUUAUCUAAUGCAGCUUCAAGUCAUGGCUGGCAAGCAGCGACACUGUUGGUUCUUGCCACCGUCUCAAUAAUGCUUUGUCGGGAGUAAUAAAAACCUGGAAAUGCUUGUUCUUGGAAAACAAACUACAAAAUAGCACUUCAUUAUGUUUAAAACUUUUUUAACUGGUGAACCAUUUGAGGUGGCGAUAGAUUCAAUUCAGCAUAAACAUUACUAGAUAUAUAUAUGACUUGAAGCUUUGCAUGGCAACACUCAUAUGGAAAGAAAUCUCUUCUUGGAAGAAGUGUGGUUCUGAAAAGAACCGCUUGGUUGAGUGUAGAACUCGACAUUUUGGCCAGUGUGCUCUGUCCGUCCUCAGGAGGGUGAGACUUUUUCUCUAUUUUAUUGCUAGAUAUGUGGCGUGAUGACAAAAUCAUGUUUAUCACAAUAAACAAAACUGUUUUGAUUACAUGUGAUUUGAACCCCCUCCCCCAAUUCCCACCCCAAUCCACCCCAACACACAAAAGUGUAUAUUUACCUUCAAUCGGGGACACCCUAUUGUCUCUUUCGUUUGUACCACUAACUUUUUAGGACAACCUCCCAUAUGUUUGGUACAGGUUUGGGAACCCUAUUGUCUUCUAUAGUUCAGCGUCCCCUAUUGUAUGCAGAAACAAUCUCACCCCCACCCUGACAACCCCCCCCCCCCCCCAACCAAAAAA